GGCGCUGAGGGACCGCUUUCCUGCGGCGCCCGGCGAGUUGCGAGAGGAGUGUGAGGCGCGCGUGUGGAGUUCCUCGAGCCGGAGUCGGUGUUGAAGGAACCAGUCCAAAGCAGAGGUGGGCCUGUGGGUGCCUCCUCCAAGUUGCGGGGCCGUACCAAGCAGCUUCCGCCUUGUCCCACUUCUCCGCUUAGGCGCCGCGCGGCCAGGCAGCGAGUCUAGGCCUCGGCCGGCGCCCGGGGCCUCCGGGGCCCUCCCGGGCUCAGCAUGCCCGGGGUGAAGCUGACCACGCAGGCCUACUGCAAGAUGGUGCUUCAUGGAGCAAAGUACCCCCACUGCGCUGUCAAUGGACUGCUGGUGGCCGAGAAGCAGAAGCCGCGCAAGGACCACCUGCCCCUGAGCGGCCCGGGCGCCCACCACACUCUCUUCGUGGACUGUAUUCCACUGUUCCACGGCACCCUGGCCCUCGCCCCCAUGCUGGAGGUGGCCCUUACCCUGAUUGAUUCAUGGUGCAAAGAUAAUAGCUAUGUGAUUGCUGGUUAUUAUCAAGCUAAUGAACGAGUAAAGGAUGCCAGUCCAAAUCAGGUUGCAGAAAAGGUGGCCUCCAGAAUUGCUGAGGGCUUCAGCGAUACUGCUCUCAUCAUGGUGGACAACACUAAGUUUACGAUGGACUGUGUAGUACCCACGAUCCAUGUGUACGAACACCAUGAAAACAAAUGGCGGUGCAGAGACCCACACUAUGAUUACUGUGAAGACUGGCCAGAGGCCCAGAGGAUCUCAGCGUCACUCCUGGAUAGCAGGUCCUAUGAAACACUCGUCGACUUCGAUAACCACCUAGACGACAUCCGGAAUGACUGGACGAAUCCAGAGAUCAACAAAGCUGUUCUGCAUCUGUGUUAGGGAGGGAUUUCAGUGACUAGCCUCUGGGCAUUUCCACUAGGCUAAAGAAGAAAAGCUAUUUUUAAAUGUAAAUAAAAUAUCUCAUGGCCUGUGUGGAAAGCUGACAGUUUUCAGAAGUGGCGUGUGCCUUGAAAGAGGGCAGAAUGUCCCAAAAGUCAUCUUUUUAACGCAGAGUCUCCGGAAGAGGUACAGACUGCCCAGCCUGACCGUCCUGUGGAGUUCUUCCCAGCUGUAUGUUGCCAUAAUCCUCCCUGUCAGAGCUGUUUCUGCUUGUCCAAAAUCGUUGCUAUUAAACAGUUUUAACUAA